AUGCUUUUGAAUCCAAAUAAGACUCCCAACGUUCCUAACAAAGGGCUAACGGUAUUAAUACCACAAGAUCUCACUAAUACAGAAGACCCAGCAAAUACCGCCCAAUUACCUGCCUUCCCUACACUAUACAAGGUGGUCCACUGCUUGACCAGGUUCAUCCCUACCAACAAUUACAAGAGGUUCAUACUUAAGAACUUGCAACAGACUGAUAAAUGCAGGUACGGCUGUCAGGACUCCGAAACAAUACAGCACGUAACUGGUGGAUGCCAAGCAUUCGCUCCAACGGACUAUAAGGAGCGCCACGACAUAGCUGCCAAAAUCAUUCACCAGGAGUUGGCAUACAAAUUCAAACUGAUCGAAUGCAAGCUACAGUACUACAAAUAUACACCGCAAUGUGUCCUCGAGAACGACAAGUAUAAACUAUACUGGGAUAGCACUGUGCUUACGGACCAAUACAUAAAACAAAACAGACCUGACAUAAUCAUUGUCGACAAGGGCGCCCCAGAAAGUAACUCUGACUGA